ACCACACACAUUUUGAUGACGUAAACACAUCUGAAUGAGAAAACGACGAGAAAUCUCGAAUAUUAUCUCUAAUUACGUUAAUAAUUGACAUUUUGAACAUCCAAAGAAAAAUGUGUUCAAAUCUUUGUUGAUAUUUCUACGGACUUAGUCCAACUAUUUUACAAAUAUGUGACCACUUCCAAAGAUGUGACGAUCGGAUGUCAAAAUUUUGAAGAAAUUUGUGAGAUUUUUCAGAAAUUUAGGCAACUGUAGGACAUUCCAGUUCAGGCUUAACUAUCUGCUAUGGCAUCAUCUUCGGAAAACAAUGUUAAUUCAGAUCUAUCAGAACGAAUGGAUGGAGUAUCCUUAAAUGAUGGAGAUGUGGAAAUGGAGAAUACAGAUCUUCCCAGUGCAAUAAUUAUCGUCAAUGUAGCGGAUGUGGUAUUUGAGUCAGAAUCUGAAAAGUCCAUCUUUGAGGAAGUGUUUCGACAGUUUGACGCUGGUGCCACGUUUCAGUAUUUGAAGAGUUUCCGUAGAGCUCGUUGUAAUUACUGCUCACCAAUUGUGGCGGCAAAGGCUCGUAUACAGUUACAUGAAACAGAACUGUGUGGCAAUAGAAUCAAAUGUUUUUUUGUGCAGUCACCAAGUGAGGCAUUGAGGAACUCAGAACCUUAUCUUCAGCUCCCACCCCUUGAGAAACAAUUCCUUAUCUCACCCCCAGCCUCACCCCCUGUUGGCUGGGAACCAGUCCCAGAGGCAGAACCCAUCAUCAAUUAUGACCUUCUCAAUGCAGUAGUCAGACUUGCCCCAGGUGAAAAACAUGAGCUUCACCCACCAGUUGAUAAUGCCCCUGCCAUUGUGGUUCAUAUAUGUGAGGAUCCUGAAGGAUACAAAGACAAGCCAUUGGUACAGACUAGAAGACCCAAUUGUGGAGGGCCCUGAAUUUUAUCUUGUACCUGUAGCUAUCAUGCUUUAAAAUACAAUUCGGAGUGGUAUAGCAAGGCAUCAUCCAUCCAAGGUACACUCUAAGUUGUCAAAUGCAGGAAAUCAAUUUUGCAGGUGCCCUACUCGUUUAAGAGUAGAACGUACAAGAGAGACAGGAGGGAAAACUAUAGCAUUAAAAUGGCUUAUUUGUGGAGUAUCCUACUGAUCGCCACUUUUUUAUUGCAGAGCUGUAAAUACCCUUGCCAGAACAGGUUGUGCCUGUCUAACUAGGGUGCAGCAUCUACUUGUCAAAAUGGAAUUAUGAGUCAGUUUUAAUGUUGUUCUCUUAUACAUGUACUAAGCUAUCAAUUAGCUUUAUGGUAUAAUUUACUGGAUAUUGCCCAACAGUUCAGUCCUAAUACUUAUAUUGCUUAGUUAGUCGUAAUUUAGGACUUUUUAUCUGCAAUGAAUGAAGUCGAUAUUAAGAUUCAGAACGUUAAAACAAGAAAUCGUUUGUAUUUUUUAUCUUGUCUUGUAAAUAGUAAUGGUUUAAUCCAAAAUGUUGAAAUCCAUUUGUAAUGUCACAUGUUACAUGUAUAUUUGUUCUUGGUGCUAGUUCAAAUGGAUCCAUAUUCAUAGGGUGAACCAAAUCUGUGUUAUAUGGGGUGAGCUAUGUUGUACAGGGUGAGCUAUGUUGUACAUGGUGAGCCAUGUGUCCAUCUUAUACAGGGUGUCCCAUGAAUUCAUGUUAUACAGGAUGAGCCAUAGCUAUGUUGUACAGGGUUACAUAUGUUGUAGAGGGUGAACAAUGUGUCCAUCUUAUACAAGGUGU